AUGACAGUUGAAGAUUGCAUUCAAAUAGCAUUGACAGAAGAUCCUUUGGAUCCAUUAGAAUUGAUAAACUUUGUACGAACACCUCGUGCUGGAGCUAUUGUAUAUUUUGGUGGUAUCACACGAGACAAUAUGGAUGGAAAACAAGUUGUACAUCUUUCAUAUGAAGCAUAUAAGCCUUUGGCAAUUAAAACGUUAAAUUCGAUAGCUAGCAAAGCGCUAGAAAAAUGGAAUAUAGAAAAAAACCACGACGAAUACAUUUGUAAAGUUGCUAUUGUACAUCGAUUAGGUGAAGUUCCAAUUGGGGAGGAGAGUGUCAUUAUAGCAGUCAGCGCUGGUCAUAGGAAAGAAGGUUGGGCAGCUGGUGAAUGGAUCCUAGAAAGGGUUAAAGAAUCGGUCGAGAUAUGGAAGAAUGAGAGAUAUGCGGACGGAACUGGCGUUUGGAAAGCCAAUGAUGGACACCGUCCUCACCAGCAUACAGCCUAA